AAGUAAGAAACAAACUGACGGAGCUCACGGUCUUUAAGUAAAAUUAAAACGGUCUAUGAGGGAUGAAUGGGGUCGUUUCUUCUUCCGUCUAAGAGAAAACAAAGAAAGUCCGUUACCGAAGGCGCUGAACAGCUGAUGGAGUCUAUCAUCAGAGACUUUGAGACCUCUGUAUCAGUGAAGUUGGGUCUGUGUGCAGAAUAUACAGAAGUAAGACCACAUGGCUUCUACAACACAGUCUGCCUCAGAUUACGUCAAGAAUCACAGAUCCCGCCUUGUGGGAAAAUUAAAGAAUCUCUCAGUGAUUCUGGAGAACUUGAGUCAGGAGAACUCGGAUAAGAAACAAGUUUUAAGUGAUGAGGAGGUCUGUGUAAUAGAAGCAGAGAAAACUGACUACAAUAAAACCAGAAGAAUACUGGACUCAGUCAUAAAAAAGGGGGCAGCAGCCUGCUAUGAGUUCCUCAGGAUUAUUUACAUGACGAGGAAGAGGACAUUAGAUCCUGACCUGCACUACUGGAUCAGCUGGUUUCCUUUCAAGGAAGACACAGAAAUGGAUACAAACUACCUACAAGGCUCAAAGCCGUGCCACCGAUAUCAGGGAAAGUUGAAGUCAAAAGCACAAAAAAUAUCAGAUGAGUUUUGGAAAAAUCAGUUUAAAGGAAACAACAAGCCUGAUCUGUCGUACACAUCACUUGUGUUAGACACACAAGGAAAAGAUUCUCCAUCUAAAAUAAAGAAGUUAAAGAACAAGAAAAUGAAGAAGAGUCGCCCUAAAAAGCUACGGACAUACAUCCCUGAGGACAAAGCAAACAUUUCCCCCCGUGACCUGCUGACAAAACAUCAAAACAUACUCCUGGUUGGUAAACCUGGAAUUGGAAAGACAGCACUCGCUCAUGAAAUGUUAAAACUCUGGGCAGAAAGAGACAACGAGACGCUCGAUUACAUGUUUUACUUUGACAUGAGAGAAACAUCCGACAUCAGGAAGGACACGAGCUUGGAGGAUCUUCUCUUCAGUGUGUACAGUGAACCAGAUGAAGGCAAAGAAGAGGUCUUACAGGACAUUAAGCAGAACUCUGACAAUGUUACACUCAUCUUUGAUGGAGUCACAGAUCUGUCUUCAUCAGUGGUGAAGAGACUUGUAGAGAAGGACCUACUACCUGAUGCUAAAGUCAUCGUGACUUGCAGACAGGAUGAUGACGAAGAGUUUGUUUCUGAGGACUAUCUCAGAGUGGAAGUGAAAGGCUUUAGUGAGCAGACUAUAAAAACAUACUUAUCUGCAAUGCUCGGUGAAGAACAGAAGAAGGUUUUGAGCAACGUGGAGUUGUUAACUCUGUGCCAUGUCCCAAUGUAUGCACUGAUGGUGGCUGUCUGCUUUUCAUUUGAGACGCCAGAAGACUCUCCACAGCCAUGCACCAUUACUGAAAUCUACAUCAAUAUCGUUCGUUUUUGCCUUCAAAUAAACAACAACAUAGACGAGAAAGAUCUAAAUCCCUUCAUCAACAACAAGAGUAAGGAAAUACUGUCUUUGGCUGAGGCUGCUUUUCAUGCAACUGAAGGAAAAACUGUGAACUUGACAGAACAUCCCUGUAAGGACAGCUGUGUCCUUGGCUUUCUGAAAGCACUUUUUAUCAAAGUGGCCCACACUGAGACAAAAGCCACAUGUGCAUUUCUCCAUUACACAAUGCAGGAGUUUUUUGCAGCUCUGUGGCUCUUGAAGAAUCCAGAAAAAAUCAAGGAAGUUUUUCAGCAAUGCCUCACUGAGGAGAAGAAACACAUGAAACAUCUGAUCCCUUUCAUGUGUGGAUUGUUGAAUGAGAAGAGCCCCAGUUUGAUGAAUUGUCUGAUUCCAGCUCAGGAGCUCAAGAAUACAUCUAACUGGUUCUUCAAGGAAAUGAUAACCACAUUUUCCAACAGUGAGCUUUAUGGGGACAUACUCUUCUUCUGCCAGUGUUUGUAUGAGUCCCAGUGUCCUGAAGCAUGCGCCCACCUUCUGGACAAACUGGGCUACCAUCUUGAUCUGAGUGGAGAGAGUCUCGAUCCUUACCCUUGCUGUGCUGUGGCCUAUGUGGUCACUCAGUCAAAGGAGAGGAAAAUAUUCCUGGAGCUUGAGGACGUCACGGUGUCAGAACAAGGAAUGACACGACUAUUUGGAUGCCUUGCAAAUGUCCAGUGGUAUGACUAA